UCUGGUCUCCUUAGUCCUUACCAAUCUAAAUAAAAAUCGCUACAUGGCAGAAUUACCAUGAAGCCCCUGUGCUAGUGCUGGUCCCUCACUCUCUCUCCUCCAUUCUAAAUAAAAAUCGCUACGUUGCGCCGCUGCUCCCUCACUCUCUCUCCUUCAUUGCAGAGCGUACUCUGUAUUCUCCAUUAAAUUGCCAUCUGAGCUUUCCCUCCUCCAUUGUAAACAGCUUCCAAGAACCCUUUAAGGUAGGACGGUCCUCUGCCAUGGAAGCUUCUGCUAAGAAGAGUUCUAUGAAAAAAUCAAGUAAAAAGAGAAGGGCACCUGAAAUUGAUGAUGUUCAACUUUCAGAAAAUAUUAUAGCAUAUGAUAAAGGAGAAGACACAGAUGGGAUUCAGAUCGAUGAUAAUCAGCCUACAAUGGCUGACAAACUUGCUAGUUUGGGCAUUGAAAAGAACGAUAACACUGAAAUUCAGGAAAGCCCAGAACCUUCUCAGACACAGCCUCCCAGUGCAGACUCCAUACAUGUUUUGUUAAGGCAAGCAUUACAUGCUGAUGAUAGCGCACUUCUGUUAGAUUGUUUGUACAAUCAAGAUGAUAAGGUUAUUGCGAACUCUGUUUCACAUCUAAAUGCAGUUGACAUUUUCAAGCUUUUGAACUCUCUACUAGCUAUUAUCCAGUCAAGGGGUGCUGUUUUGGUAUGCGCUCUUCCUUGGCUAAGGAGUUUACUUCUCCAGCAUUCUAGCAGGAUAAUGUCCCAAGAGUCUUCAUUAGCUGCUCUUAAUUCGUUAUACCAGCUCAUAGAAUCUAGAGUUGCAAAUUUUAAUCACUCACUUCAAUUGGCUAGCAGUUUGGACCUCCUAUAUGCUGGGGUUGCCGAUGAAGGAGUUGACGAGUAUGACUCUGGUCCUCCUGUCAUUUACGAGGACAAGGAUGAAAGCGAAGAAGAAGAAUCUGAAGAAGAUGCAAUGGACACAGAUGAAGAGAGUAAAGAACCGGAAGAUUUUAGUGGUAUAAGCGAUGCUGAUCUAAGUGAAGGCUUUAGUGACUAAAUUACAUGACCUUAUGUUGCUAUUUAUAAUCCCUUUUUGAGCCCUCAGGGUGGAGGAAAAUUUUGUAGUAAUUGUGGUGAAAUAGGGUAUAUCUUAAAACUUUUUGCUGGAAAUUAAUUACCUUUCAUAAUCAUUUAUCAUAUAUCUUUAUGUAUUAAAUUCA